AUUCACCAAAGAGUAAAUCGCUGUUUUCAUUAUCCUUGAAGUACCUACUUGUGAUCACAGUAAAAAGAAAAAAUUUAAUUUGUGGUAGAAAUCUGAAAAAAAUUUAUGAACACCUUAAAUUAAAUUCUAGCAAAAGAUAUACUCAGGGAACGUAAAAAUCUCUUCUGAAUUCUAGGUUACGCUUAGACAUGACAUUCAACCACGUGGUUUUGUAGUUGAUAGCCCUUCGUAAGGUUCUGGAAUUAUAUGAAAGCCAAGCUGAGUGAAUUAUGACCAAUCAUUCGUAAUUGCAUACACAUUUGGAUAAACUAGUCAAAGUACUAAAACACACCGUUAUCCUCUGAAAACAAAACUCUUCUAGCCUGUCCUGAUCGGAGUUCAAAGUUUUCACCAUACCUAUAAAUAUUCCAAAUUCAAAAUGACAAGAUUUGCUAGAGCUAAAGGUUCUAAAUCAUCUAAUGAACGUGUACCAGAUGAAGCAACGCCAUGGAAUGAAAUGAAAAUGCAGCUUGAACAGAGCCAAUCUGCAACAAAACCCACAACCAAACCAAAAACAGCCAAGCAACUACUUGCAGAUCAGGAUGAACCAUUUUAUCCCAACUCUGCUGGAAAUGUUAAUCAUGAAUGGGCCUCAUUCGGUGAUAUUACAGAAAACAAAUCUAAGAAUGGUCCUAAUGAAAAAAUACAAAAGACCACUGUCAAGGUGGGUAAAAAAAAAGAUAUGAAAGCUAAUAUACGUUCAACGAAUGACAAUUCAUAUGAUGAGGCUGCAGCUGUAAAAACCAGCCAGAAUGAAACUGCAGAUGCUACUGGCAAUUUCACAGAACUUUCAAAGACCAAUAUUGUACUCGCAUCAAAAAAGAAGCAUAGAAAGGAGUCUAUGGACACAGAACUUGCUAAAGUUGAAGAACAUAGAACUUCAGGUGAACAAUAUACAAAGAGUAGAAGUAUCAACUCUAAUGAUCGUCUCAACAAUGAUGACGCUAAUUCAGAAGGAAAGAAGCGAAGGAAAAAGUCCAAGUCUCAGGCUGGUAUAGAUAGUGGCCAGAUAACAACUGAAUCGGAAAAGACCGUAUCUAAUUCUGAACAAGGUGAAACUAUUCAAACGGAAAGUCACCCUACUAAUUUUACAGAAAAUUCUGAAAAACUAAGUAAACGCCAAAAGCGAAAUCAAAAGAAGCAAAAACAAUUGGUUAGCGAAAAUAAUGAUGAUAAAAGUAACUUAUCAGAGCCAGGUACCACCAAGAAAUCCACAGGCUUUGAUGUAGAAGGGAAUGAAUGGAGUAAUGAAGUCAAAUUUGGGAAGAAAGUUAGACCACACAAAAUUUCGAAUGCCGUUGAUAAUGAACAUAGCACUGACACGAACGAAAGUCCUCAUAAAAACAAUCUAAAUAAAAAUGAAGAUAAUCCUAAGGCACUUAAUGAAAAUGGUGAACCUCAGCAUGGAAAGCCAACAUUGAAUGAUUCACAUUUACCAAAAAGUAACAAGCCAAACCAGAAAGCUAAAAAAAGAAUUGGUAGUAAAAAUGAGAACAAAGAAUACAAAAGGCGCAAGCCAGAUGAAGGUGUCAUGCAUAUGGUAAUUAAUGGCAAUGAAAUUCAGGUUGUUCGAUACGAUGGGUUUCCAGUGAAAAAAGAAGAUGCUGAACGACUACAGGAACUUAAGAAGAGUAUGAUCAUGAAAGGCAUUCCUCGUGCAGAUAUUAACAUUUCAAUGAAGUUGGAACGGCGGAAGGCAGAAAAAGCACUAGCCCGUGAGAGAAAACGUGUUUGUUUCCACUGUCGCAAAUCUGGUCACAAUCUUUCUGAUUGCCCUGAACUAGGCCGUGACGAAGCUGGAAGUGGGAUAUGUUUCAAAUGUGGUUCUGCAGAACACACCCACUUCGAAUGUAAAGUAGUCAGAGGUCAAGAGUUCAGGCAUGCGAGUUGUUUCAUUUGCCGAGAACAAGGACAUAUUGCCAGACAAUGCCCGGAUAAUCCCAGAGGACUGUAUCCCGAAGGAGGUAGUUGCAAAAUAUGUGGCGAUGUAACACAUUUGAAGAAGGAUUGCCCGGAUCUAAUGAAGGAGAAAGAAGAAACUAAUAUCACUGUAGAUAAAAUUGAGGGUGACCAAUUGGAAUCGUUAGAAGAUAAUAUGAAGACAAAGAAUGAAUACAAUGAAAGUAAAAGUAAAAGUAAAAUUGUCAAAUUUUGAUCUAUUCUUUCCGCUCUUUGAAUUUAUAACAUUAAAUCUACAAUGGUCGAUGUAUGCUGAAUAUUUACGUCAUUAGUAAAUCGUUGAAUGUCA